AGACCAUAAAUUCAGUCUCUAUCUGAUGUCCUUGUUUAUAUAUCAUAGUAAUAUAAAGUAGAAAAAAUUAUUAGAGUACAUAAAUUUUUAUAUAGCUGUAUCAUCAUAGUAUUAUGUUGGAUGUAUUAUACAUCAAGCAAUGGCUUUUACUUCUUUCAAAGUACAUCAAUAAAAAUUCAUGUUUCUAAAAUGUUACAAUCAUUGUUUUUAUUAAUUUUACCUUUAAUCAGUACUUUCUUCUGCAUCUUAUCGAAAGCUGAAUUCACAGAAAUAGUAGAAACAGAUAAGGGCAAAGUUCGUGGUGAAAUAUUGACUACGGUUCAAUCGUAUCAGAAAUAUUCAGCAUUUAAAGGAAUUCCAUAUGCAACACCGCCAAUCGGAUACGGAAGAAGAUUUCGACGUCCUGUUGAAGCUCAACCUUGGGAAGGUGUUCUAGAUGCUUUAAAUGAUCCAAUACCUUGUGCCCAAAUAGAUGCUCAAACUUUACGUUAUAUGGGUGAUGAAGAUUGUCUUUAUUUAAAUGUCUAUACUCCCGAGUUGAAUUUCAAAAAACCUAAAUCAAGAGCUGUCAUGGUGUGGAUCCAUGAAGGAGCUUUUAUGUUUGGAUACGUCAGAACUUCACGUUAUGGUCCAGAUUUUUUAAUAGAGAAAGAUGUUGUACUAGUUGCUAUGAAUUAUCGUUUGAGUAUAUUUGGUUUUUUUACAUUUCGACCUACAUAUUUUGACAGCAACAAUGGGUUGAGAGAUCAAGCGCUAGCAUUAAAAUGGGUGCAAAAAAAUAUUCAUAAAUUUGGUGGUGAUCCAACCAAGGUAACUAUUUUUGGUGAAAGUGCUGGUGGAUCUUCUGUUGAGUACCAUAGAUUAUCUCCUAUAUCUCAAGGAUUAUUUAGAGCAUCAAUAUCAAUGAGUGGGUCAGCUAUGCAUGAAUGGGCUGCCAUUGGCGAGAAAUUGUCAAGACAAUAUGGAGAGAUUAUGGUUACUAGAAUGUUACAAAUUCCAUUGCUCAGUGAUCAAUAUGUGUAUAAUCGAAUGGUGAAUGAAGAUACCUGGAGAUUAAUUAGAUUUACAAUAUAUAUAAUACUUGGUGCGCGUGAUUUAAUAGUAAAACCAGCAGUCGAAAGCAAAGCUGUAGAUGAUCCUUUUAUCCCCAAUGAUUCUACAUAUAUUUAUCGAUCUAGAAAUUGUAGUCCAAUUCCACAUAUAUUAGGAUUUACAAACGCAGAAGCAAUAGCAGUUCUCAAUUUUCUAGGGCCAAUUCCAUAUAUUUUUGGAGAAGAUUUUACGGAUAGUAAAAUGGCUCUUUAUUCGGAUGCAAUUUUUAUUUGUGACGUCGAUAAAUCUCAACGUUAUUUGAACCACUAUUGUAAUACUACAGUUUGGUAUUAUCGUAAUUCUUUUGAUUAUGACAGAAGCUUGCAUAAACUUGAUGGAAUGAAUCGAAGACCAGGAUGUGGGCAUGCUGAUGAUAUUGCUCAUAUUUUUUGGAUGGAUGGUAUGCAACAAUCAUUGGAUCCUAAUAGUGAUAUUGCAAAGCAUAGGAAAAAUAUGGUCACCAUGUGGACUAAUUUUGCUAAAUAUUUAAGACCCACUAUACCAGAAAAUAAAGCACUUGAUGUUGGAGUAGAUUGGCCACCAACAGAUGAGAAUGGUACUCAUCUUGAAAUAGACAAAGUUUUAAGAGUCAGUCAUACACGACCAAUUAGUAAAGCAGUUGAAUCGAUGAUUGGACGAGAAGAGCAUUUUGAUUAAUUAUUUUGAUAAAUCUUAUUGAUACGAUAAUUUUAAUUAACAAUAAAUUAUUAAAGCCUGUAUGUAUAAUUAUAAAAUGAAUUAUAUUCCAUUUUUCAGACUUUGAAGUCAUAAACAAUUUUUAUAUCAUCGUUACCUAGUUUCUUUU